ACCUCAUACCUAUCUUCAUUCCACCACAAUCAGCUCAACCUAAUAGUACUGCUUAUACUUUUUGCUUCUGCAACUCCUAGGUUACCCCACAUCUACCUUUCAUGGCUAAUAGAUCAGCUAUUGCUUGGAUCCCUAUACUUCUCAUGAUAGUCAUCUUCUCCACAGCCUUUUUAAGGUCACAGGCACGUAUUAUUCAUGGAGACAAGCUCAUGCAUAACAAUUUAGGUAGCAAAGAACUUCUGGUCGAGUUAGGUUUUGAUGCCUCCAAAGUUGAAGGUGCUCAACCCAGGUCGUCACUCGAGCAAUAUGACCUAGUUGUGCCUGGAGGACCAGAUCAUCAGCAUCACCCUUAACCAGCUUAUAUAUAAAAGGAUCAAGUGUGCUUUUGGUGCUGAAGUGUCCCUUUUCUGAAUUACAAUAAAACUAAGUUUGGAGUUUAUUGCAUGCAACUCAAUUUAUGAGCAUUAUAUAUUGAGGUGCAAGUAAUAACAAAAGACUUAUAGCCAGAAAGAGUUCGAAGACAUCUUAAGGAUAUAAAUAGGCUUGGGUAUUUCGUGGUAAAAAUAAAUCAACUGGAUGUACUUUAAAUUCAGUUAUGCUAAAUAUAUGCGCACCACUAUUCGUCUAUUCUA